AUGAGUGGGUCUCCUUUUACUUUUAAUCUUAACCAACCAAACAAUAAUAAUAAUAAUAAUAACGAUAAUAACAAAGGUACUUUUUCAUUUGGCCAGACGGGAACAUCUAGUGGUAACUCAACUGCGCCUUCAUUUUCAUUUGGAUUAAACGACAAAAAUAAUAGUGGUACUAAUAGUACAUUACCUGCCUUUGGUCAAUCUGCUACAACUGCCUCCAAACCACUAUUUGGCCAAUCUGGUUCCACACAGACUUUUUCCUUUGGUGGUGCUAAUAGUAUAAAUCCAACGGCAAAUUCUUCCAAUGGUAAUGAUGUGAAAACCCCCUUUACAUUUGGUGGCCUAAAUAGUGCUACAUCCAAUGGUGCUUCUGAAAAACCUACUUUCGGUUUCGGAUCAAAUACCGGUGAUAAACCAGGACUUUCUUUUGGAAUUAAUAACUCUAAUACCAUUUCGACAACAAACACCGAAAAUAAGCUACCAAUCUUUGGUGCAGGCACUACUGUUACAAGUAAAACCGCUCCUUCUUCAAAUGCUUCAGCUGGCUCUGUAUUAAACAAUAAUACACAAUCUACCGAGACUGCCAAACCAACGGCUUUUAAUGGAGCCGAUGCUAAUACCGGUGAAACGAAGAAUGCCUUUUUUUCAUCAGACAACAAUUUGAGUCUUACAAAUAAUUCUGGGGCAACGGAAAGUGCCACUUCUAAACCUCAGUUUUCAUUCGGUACUGAAUCCACUGAAAAAAAGGAUGGUAAACCUGCGGUUUCAUUUGGUACUAAUCCGAACACCGUUACGGAAACCAAAGCACCGGUGUUUUCCUUGGGUAAUGCUACAACUACUUCCUUAACAAAUAAACCGGCGUUUUCAUUUGGCGCUACUACUAAUGCUAUCGCGACCAAGACUGGAGAACAAAAGGAUGAUACAAAACCAGCUUUUUCAUUUGGUGCUACUACGACCGAAGAAAAAAAGGACAAACCAACAUUUUCAUUUGGUGGUGCUACUAAUGCUACCAAAACCGAUGGCAAGAAAGAUAGCUCAACAACAAAACCAGCUUUUUCGUUUGGUGGAGCUACUAAUACUGCAAAUUCUGAGGACAAGAAGGAUGGCUCAACAACAACAGCAGCUUUUUCAUUUGGCGGUGCCACUGCUACUGCCAAAACCGAUGACAAGAAGGAUGCUCCAACAACAACACCAGCUUUUUCAUUUGGUGCUGCCAAAACUGAAGAAAAAAAGGACAAGCCAUUGUUUUCAUUUGGUGGUGCUACUAAUACUACAAAUUCCGAGGACAAGAAAGAUGGAGCAGCAACGAAACCAACUUUUUCAUUUGGCGGUGCCACUACUACUGCCAAAACCGAUGACAAGAAAGAUAGCUCAACAACAAAACCAGCUUUUUCGUUUGGUGGAGCCACUAAUACUGCCAAAACCGAUGACAAGAAAGAUAGCUCAACAACAAAACCAGCUUUUUCAUUUGGCGGUGCCACUAAUAGCAGCAACAUAUCUAAUGAUAACAAUAAGAAAGAAAAUGCUCCUAUUGCUAAUAUGAAUUCUAAUUCUGCAAAUAAUAUGACCGACAAUAAGAAUGGUCCUAAAGAGGUCAAUUUACCUUCUACCAAAACAAAAACAGUUGAUGUUCCACCAAUUACGUUAGACAAUAAAACACUAGAUGAUUUAGUUUCUAGAUGGUCUUCUCAACUAUCCACUUCGUCUGCUCAUUUUGAGGAGUACACCAAAAGAGUUAAUGAAUGGGACCAGGUUUUAGUUCAAGGCGCCGAUCAAAUAAGUAAAUUAUAUUCUAACACUUUAUUGGCAGAACAAACUCAAAAUAAGGUUGAACAAUCAUUACAAUAUAUUGAAAGACAACAAGCAGAUUUAGCAAUAACUUUAGAUAAUUUUGAGAACAGAACUUCAUCCCUAUUAUCUGAUUUAUCAUUGCCUACUACCACCACCACUACCACCACCACCACCGAUUCUAAUACAACGGGCACUGAUGAUGAAAGGAGAAAACAAGCUUACCAGACUGCUCUGCAAUUAGAUGAAAACCUAGAUACUUUAUCAACUAAUCUUUCCUCACUAAUUGAACAAAUCAAUGAAGUAAGCGACAAAUUUAAUAAAGUUUCCAAUAUUAAUUCUUCUAACCAGGAAGAAUCAACAGAAAUUAUUAAAUUGUUAAAUUCGCACCUUAAGGCUUUAAGAGCCCUAGAUACAAAUUCUAAUGUUUUAGAAUCCAAAUUAAAAGCAUUUAAUAAAUAA